AUGGAUGGUCAUAAUUAUAAUCCAAAAAUUUCAACCAUUCCGACGAACUUUUGUAUUCAAAAUGCGCGUCAAGUUUUAGUAGAAAGCAGCUAUGGUGAUUUUGGGAUGUCCUCUUCUCCACCGUCCGAACCAUAUUUGGGUCAAAAAGGCAGAAAGUUUUCUGCAUUUAAGGACUUGAAAGAAAAUUUAAUCGGGGAGUCCGUAUCGAUUCGCGGAUUGGUCACUCGCAUUUCGGGUAUAAAAUUACUUGCGUCUGAAGUGAUGUUCACAUGUAUGGAAUGCAAAGGCCUCCAACAAUUGGAAUUUGAUGAAAGAAGAUAUUACCCUCCGUUUAAAUGUAAAACUUAUGGAUGCCGAAGCAAAGAAUUCAUUCCCAAUCUGAAAUUUGACGAAGAGAAAGGCCAAAAAUCCUAUGAGGAUGUACAGGACAUCAGAAUUGAUAGGCUCCAAGAGGUUUUAGGUGAUAGUGACGAAAACUUAAUACUUCCAAAGAUCAUUGAUUGUGAAUUAAGAAGCAAAUUGGUAGACGCGGUAAAACCUGGCGACUUUGUUACUGUCAUCGGGAUACUUCGGGUUUAUGAAACUCCGGCCAAGGAAAGGACAAAGAAAGGAACGAGGAUGCACCAUUUGUACAUUGAUGUCGAAAAGAUCAGGAAAAUCACAAUUAUUGAACAUUUUUCGUCAUGGGAAAUCACGGAAGGUAUCGCGGCACAAAACGAUGGUUUUUUCUCGUUAAAAGACUUAUAUAUGAUAAAAAACUUUAUCGAGUGCCAAUCGAAUAAUAUUUUCAAGCGAAUUGUAAACUCUUAUUGCCCAAACGUUUAUGGACAAGAACUUGUCAAGGCCGGAAUAUUGCUCUCUAUAUUUGGUGGAAUUGAUAAUGGCACGAUAAAUGUCCUAAUAGUUGGUGAUCCUGGAACAGAUAAAGCUGAUCUUCUUCAAGCAGCCAGUUCAAUUUCACCUCACACAGUAUUUACUCCUGUAAGUCAAGGUGGCAGCACGCCAAUAUUGCCGACAUUAUACCAUGAAAAGUUAAGAGAUGAUUGGAUUCUUGAUGCGGGAACGCUUGUUUUGAGUAAUGCCGGAAUUUGUAGAAUUGAUGACUUUGAGAAAAUAGGACAAUCAAAUGCCCUUGCGGAAGCCAUGUCAAGAAUGUCAAUCUCGAUCAGCAAAGCAGGCGUGAAAGGUUCACUCAACGCUAAAACUAGUAUAAUAGCAACAGCCAAUCCCGUCAGUGGGCAUUAUGAUAAAAGCAAAUUUUUAUCAGAAAACUUGAAGAUCGGAAACGCCAUCCUCUCGAAUUUUGAUCUCGUCUUCUUAUUGUUGGAUAUUCCAGACGAAGAGAUGGACCAUUAUCUUUCGGAGCGCGUCAUGACUAUUCACUCGGGUGCAUUUUCAAAUGGAGAUUUAUACAAGGGCCAAAUAUAUGUACCAUCCAUACGAGACAUUAAUAGAAGUCGUGCAGCUGACAUAUUACCAUUAUCAGAAAAAUUAAAGAUAGGAAUGGACGAUGAAAAUAAGGAGUUACUCGACAAUGCGUUUCUUCAAAAAUAUGUGGUUUACGCGCACAAAUAUGUUCAACCACGACUGUCAAGGGAAGCGCGAGAAAUGAUCAAGUUAUUCUUUGCAAACAUGGGAAACAAAUAUCGAUCGAUGAAUGAUAUGCCGAUCACCACCAGACAACUGGAAACUAUGAUUAAGUUAUCACAGGCGAGAGCUAGAAUGGAAUUGAGAGAGACAGUUAUUGUUGAAGAUGUUGAGGACGUUGCAGAAAUUAUGGAAUUUUGCCUGUUUAGGAUUCAACGAGAUGAAAACUCGCGUGCAAAGGGGAAAUCUAAAGCUGGUAAAAGAUCGGGAAAACAGGCAGAGACAAAGAGGUAUGAGAUUGCGUCAUUCAUCACAUAUUCGUUUAUAUUAAAGUUAAUCUACACCAGGUUCUUGGAGGAACUUGGAAAAAUCAGUAAUGCCAAAAGGAGCGAUAUUUUUACCUAUCAAGAGCUGAAACAAUUUGCCAUAGAUUCCAAGCUACAAUAUGAUGACUUUCAAGGUUUUAUAGAGUCGCUUAAUGAUCAAAGCCUACUGCUGAAGAAAGGCCUAGGCAAAUUUCAAUUGAGGUUUGAAUCAAAUUAA